AUGGCGGAGUCAUUGCAAUCUCUCGUGUCCCUCUCCGAAUUGGUUACCACUUCCUCAACAAACCAACGUAUUCGGAUAUUCCGUCGCGAAAUCCCUGCGUUCUUGAGUUCCUCCAACUCAGAAAUGUCAACCGAGCUCGCUUCACUUCUUACCGAUAUAGUGUUCCGAACGGUUGCGAUUUACGAUGAUCUCAGAUCGAGGAAGGCGGUCGAUGAAGUGAUUGUGACAGAGCUAGGUGGUGCGGUGUUUAUGAAGACUUUCGCAGGAGCUCUAGUUUUGAAUAUGGAAAAGCAAUCGAAGUCUCAAUCUCAUGUUGGAUGCUAUAGACUUCUCUAUUGGUCGUGUUUACUUUUGAGCAAGAGCCAGUUCGCCGCGGUUUCCAAGAAUGCGUUGUGUAGAGUGGCUGCGGCGCAAGCUUCUUUGCUUAGUUUAGUCUUGAAAAGGUCUUUUCGUGAAAGAAGUGCUUGCAGGAAAAAGUUUUUCCAUUUGUUUUCUCAGUCACCGAAUAUCUAUAAGUUCUACAUGGAAGAGCUGAGAAAUGGACGAAUUCCUUUCAAGGAUUGUCCUGAAUUAUUAAUGUUGUUGCUGGAGUUCUCAAGUCAGUCUCCCUCUUUAGUUGGGGAAUUCAAGCCAGCGUUUCUUGAUAUAUAUGUUAGUGCAAUACUGAGUGCAAAAGAAAAGCCAGGAAAGUGUCUCACUGAAGCAUUUUGUCCACUUUAUUUGCAAAUGUCACAUGAAGAUUUUCAAAACAUUGUGGUACCAUCCUCUGUUAAAAUGCUAAAACGCAACCCAGAGAUUGUGUUGGAGUCUGUUGGCAUUCUUUUGAAGUCUGUUAACCUUGAUCUGAGCAAGUACGCAUCUGAAAUUCUUUCAGUAGUAUUAGCACAAGUUCGGCAUGCUGAUGAAGGGAGAAGGGAUGGGGCACUGUCUAUAGUCCGUAGUCUCAGCCAAAAAUCUAGCAAUCCGGAUGCAUUAGACACAAUGUUCAAUGCUAUCAAAGGUGUUAUCAAAGGCUCAGAAGGAAGACUGGCUUUUCCAUACCAGAGAGUAGGGUUGGUAAAGGCAAUACAAGAAUUGUCUAAUGCACCAGAUGGAAAAUACCUCAUCAGUCUGUCUCGUACAAUAUGUGAUUUUCUUCUAUCAUACUACAAGGAUGAUGGCAAUGAGGAUGUUAAAAUUGUGAUUUUGUCAGCUAUAGCUUCUUGGGCAGUUAGAUCUACAGAUAUCAUUCAAGAGAAUUUGGUUUCCUUUUUGGUUUCUGGCCUCAAAGAGAAGGAAACUUUAAGAAAGAGUUUUCUGCGUGGUCUACAUGCUAUUUCCAAAAAUGAAGAUGCUAUGUUAAAGAUGUUACCUCUGUUUGGCCCUCUAGUCCAACUUGUGAAAACUGGCUAUACUAAGGCAGUGCAACGUUUAGAUGGCUUGUAUGCAUUGUUAUUAGUCGCGAAGAUAGCUGCUGUUGAUAUUAAAGCUGAGGAAACAUUGGUAAAGGAAAAGAUAUGGGCUUUGAUAUCACAAAAUGAACCUUCGGUCGCUUCAAAGCUAUCAAUUGAGGAUAGCAUGGCAUGUGUUGAUCUUCUUGAAGUGCUUUUUGUGGAACAUUUACAGCGUACAUUAUCCAACUUCUCAGUCAGAUUGAUGUUGCAGUUAAUGAUCUUUUUUAUAUGCCAUCCGAGGUGGGAUAUUCGAAGAAUGGCAUAUAAUGUUGCUAGGAAGAUUAUCUCGUCUGCUCCUCAGAUAACUGAAGAUCUUUUCUUGGAAUUUUUGAAGUACCUUACUUUGAUUGAAGAAAAACUUUUAGCCUUACAAAUAAGAUUUGGACCUACAAUAAGCUUAGUUUUCCUCCUAUCCAGAGUAUCUUUGGUUUUGCUUUUGGAAGAACAGGUUGUCAAACUUGGUUCUAGUGUCCACAACAUUUCAAUCAUACUCUUUGAUACUGAUAUCUCUUUGGACCCUCAAGUUCCGUUUGUUCCAUCUGUUGAGGUGUUGGUUAAGGCUCUGCUUAUUAUGUCACCAGCUGCUCUGAAACAUGCUUCAGAUUCAUUUUCUAGAAUCCUGGCACCAUAUAGGCUCUGCAAGUGUCUGCAAGCACAUGGUUUUGUUGUCAUUGAUAUUAUUUCAGCUAAUGUGGGGAAUUUCUUACAGUGGGCACAAUCCCAUUCUGCUGUCUCCACUACCGAAGGCUAUUACUUGUCCCUCAAAACCACUGUCUGCCGCCGCCUGCUGCUGCCUACUGCUACUCACCAUCGUUUGUGGGCAAUAAUUUUUUUGGGUGACUUCAGGGAUAGGCAAGUUGCCUUGUUAUGUGAGUACAGCUCAUGCACUGGUCUGUCCGUGAUGGAAUGCCACCGCGACACUUCUGUAGCUCUCACCAGAGCCUCCUGGAUCUUACUGGGACCAAUGGGAUUGAAGAGUGCUAAUCCUCUAGAGCAACAGGCAGCGAUAUUGUCAUUGUCAAACUUGAUGUCUAUAAUCCCUGGAGAUACAUAUAUAGAGUUUGAAAAGUAUUUGCUAAAUCUUCCUGAGCGGUUUGCUCAUGAUACACUUUCGGAGAACGACAUUCAGAUCUUUCAUACGCCGGAAGGGAUGCUUUCUACAGAGCAAGGGGUUUAUGUUGCUGAAUCUGUUAGUGCGAAAAACACAAAACAAGCAAAGGGUCGCUUUCGGAUGUAUGAUGAUGAAGAUGGCGUGGAUCGUACCCGGUCUAACCAUUCAGUGAAGAGAGAUCAACCUAGUAGAGAAGCUGCUGGUGUAGGGAAAAAGGAUCCUGGGAAAGGAACAAAGAAGGCUGGCAAGUACAAAGGAAGGACGGCCAAGGAGGAAGCAAGAGAAUUGCUACUGAAGGAGGAGGCUUCUGUACGUGAUAGAGUCGAUCAAAUACAGAAAAAUUUGUCUCUGAUGCUAAGAACUCUUGGAGACAUGGCAAUAGCUAAUUCAGUUUUUGCUCAUAGUAGGCUUCCUUCAAUGGUCAAGUUUGUUGAACCAUUAAUGCGAUCUCCUAUUGUAAGUGACGAGGCUUUUGAAACAAUGGUGAAGCUAGCAAGAUGCACUGCUCCCCCUCUGUGUGAUUGGGCUCUGGACAUUUCCACUGCUUUGCGUUUAAUUGUGACUGAUGAAGUUCAUCUUCUGUUGGAUAUAGUUCCAUCAGUUGCUGAAGAGGAAGUCAAUGAAAGGCCAUUAAAUGGCCUUUUUGAGCGAAUUUUAGAUGGCCUAUCUGUUUCUUGUAAAUCAGGAGCACUUCCUGUGGAUUCUUUUUCUUUUGUAUUCCCAAUAAUUGAGCGAAUCCUUCUUUGCUCAAAGAAAACAAAAUUUCAUGAUGACGUGCUUAGGAUAUUUUAUUUACACCUUGAUCCACAUCUACCUCUUCCUAGGAUACAAAUGUUAUCGGUACUUUACCAUGUACUUGGUGUCGUUCCAGCUUAUCAAGCAUCAAUAGGACCUGCACUAAAUGAGUUGAGUCUUGGUUUGCAACCUGUUGAAGUUGCUUCUGCACUUUAUGGAGUUUAUGCAAAAGAUGUUCAUGUAAGAAUGGCUUGUUUGAAUGCUGUAAAAUGUAUCCCUGCUGUUGCUAAUCGAUCUCUACCUGAAAACAUCGAGGUUGCAACAAGUAUAUGGAUAGCACUACAUGAUCCUGAAAAGUCAGUUGCUCAAGUGGCAGAAGACAUAUGGGAUCAUUAUGGGUUUGAUUUUGGGACUGACUUUUCAGGACUUUACAAAGCACUAUCGCACAUUAACUACAAUGUUCGUGUGGCAGCUGCAGAAGCAUUAGCUGCUGCCUUGGAUGAACAUCCAGAUUCUAUACAAGAGUCCCUUUCCACUUUAUUUUCGUUGUAUAUUCGGGACAUGUGUGUUGGAGAUGGUAGUGUUGAUGCUGGUUGGCUGGGUAGGCAAGGAAUAGCUUUAGCAUUACAUUCUGCUGCUGAUGUUUUGAGGACAAAAGACUUGCCUGUUGUCAUGACAUUUCUAAUAUCGAGAGCUCUGGCUGAUCCAAAUGCUGAUGUUAGAGGCAGAAUGAUUAAUGCUGGUAUAUUGAUCAUUGAUAAAAAUGGAAAAGAUAAUGUCUCAUUGUUAUUCCCCAUUUUUGAGAACUACUUGAACAAAACAGCUCCAGAUGAAGAAAAAUAUGAUUUGGUUCGUGAAGGUGUGGUGAUCUUCACUGGAGCUCUGGCAAAGCACUUGUCAAAGGACGAUCCUAAGGUUCAUGCUGUCGUGGAAAAAUUGUUGGAUGUUUUAAAUACUCCUUCAGAAGCAGUUCAACGGGCUGUCUCUGCAUGCUUAUCUCCAUUAAUGCAAUCAAAACAAGAUGAUGCAGCUGCUCUUAUUAAUCGUCUGUUGGAUCAAAUGAUGAAAAGUGAAAAAUAUGGGGAACGCCGUGGGGCUGCUUUUGGUCUUGCAGGAUUGGUUAAGGGAUUUGGCAUUUCCUGCUUGAAAAAGUAUAGGAUAGUGAUUACACUUCAAGAGAGUCUUGCUGAUAGGAACUCUGCAAAAUCACGUGAAGGAGCUUUACUUGCUUUUGAGUGUCUUUGUGAAACACUGGGCAGAAUAUUUGAACCGUACGUGAUUCAGAUGUUACCAUUACUUUUGGUUUCAUUCUCUGAUCAAGUUGUUGCAGUUCGGGAAGCAGCUGAAUGUGCUGCCCGUGCCAUGAUGUCUCAACUUAGUGCUCAAGGAGUGAAACUUGUCCUUCCAUCUCUUUUGAAGGGUCUCGAAGAUAAAGCUUGGAGGACCAAACAAAGUAGUGUACAACUUCUUGGUGCUAUGGCUUAUUGUGCUCCACAACAGUUGUCUCAAUGUCUCCCUAAGAUUGUUCCCAAAUUGACUGAGGUUUUGACUGAUACACAUCCUAAAGUUCAGUCAGCUGGGCAAAUGGCCCUUCAACAGGUUGGGAGUGUCAUCAAGAAUCCAGAAAUAUCUGCUCUUGUCCCUACUCUACUUAAGGGACUUAGUGAUCCUAAUGAGCAUACAAAAUAUUCCCUCGAUAUUCUUCUCCAAACAACCUUUGUUAAUUCGAUUGAUGCUCCUUCACUUGCAUUAUUGGUACCAAUAGUACAUAGAGGGUUGAGGGAGCGGAGUGCUGACACUAAAAAGAGGGCAGCUCAAAUAGUUGGAAACAUGUGUUCCUUGGUUACAGAACCAAAGGAUAUGAUUCCAUAUAUAGGAUUGUUACUUCCUGAAGUGAAAAAGGUAAUUUCAUGGAUUGUUGCUCUUACUUCUGCUGCAUUGGCCUUGUUUUCUUCUCAUUUCAUCCAUAUAUUACAAGAGCAGGUUCUUGUGGAUCCUAUCCCUGAAGUUCGUUCAGUUGCUGCCAGAGCCAUUGGAUCCCUUAUAGGAGGAAUGGGUGAAGAAAAUUUCCCUGAUCUUGUUCCGUGGUUGUUUGACACACUGAAGUCUGAUAAUAGUAAUGUUGAACGCUCUGGAGCAGCUCAAGGGCUGAGCGAGGUCUUAGCUGCUCUUGGCAUCGGGUACUUUGAACAUGUACUUCCUGACAUUAUUCGAAAUUGCUCCCAUCAGAAAGCAUCUGUACGGGAUGGAUACUUGACCCUGUUCAAGUACUUGCCACGGUCAUUGGGAGUCCAGUUUCAAAACUAUCUUCCCCAGGUGCUGCCUGCUAUUCUAGACGGUCUUGCUGAUGAAAAUGAAUCUGUUCGAGAUGCUGCUUUAGGGGCUGGCCAUGUUCUUGUCGAGCAUUAUGCAACAACUUCACUACCUCUUCUUCUUCCAGCUGUUGAGGAUGGCAUUUUUAAUGAUAGUUGGCGCAUUCGGCAGAGCUCAGUCGAGCUGUUGGGUGAUCUUUUAUUCAAAGUUGCUGGAACUUCUGGUAAAGCUUUACUUGAGGGGGGCAGUGAUGAUGAAGGUUCUAGUACUGAGGCACAUGGACGUGCCAUCAUUGAAGUUCUAGGGCGUGAUAAGCGUAAUGAAGUACUUGCUGCAUUGUAUAUGGUCCGAGCUGAUGUUAGUUUGUCAGUUCGUCAGGCUGCAUUACACGUGUGGAAAACUAUUGUGGCAAAUACUCCCAAGACUCUAAGGGAAAUUAUGCCAGUUCUGAUGGAUACUUUAAUUACAUCCCUUGCAUCACCAUCAUCUGAAAGGCGGCAGGUUGCUGGUCGGUCACUGGGUGAGCUUGUCAGGAAGCUUGGUGAACGUGUACUUCCCUUGAUAAUUCCAAUCUUGUCCCAGGGGCUGAGUGACCCUGACAGCAGCAGAAGACAGGGUGUGUGUGUUGGUCUGAGUGAAGUGAUGGCAAGUGCUGGUAAGAGUCAGUUGUUGACAUUCAUGAAUGAACUCAUCCCAACUAUUCGGACUGCACUCUGUGAUAGUGUGUCUGAGGUUCGUGAGUCAGCUGGCUUAGCAUUCAGCACUUUGUAUAAGAGUGCUGGAAUGCUAUCAAUUGAUGAGAUUGUUCCAACUCUUCUACAUGCAUUGGAGGAUGAUGAAACCUCAGAUACUGCACUCGAUGGCCUUAAGCAAAUUUUGAGUGUCCGAACAAGUGCGGUAUUGCCACAUAUUUUACCCAAACUGGUUCAUCCUCCAUUGUCUGCCUUCAAUGCACAUGCUUUAGGAGCUUUAGCAGAGGUUGCUGGGCCUGGCCUUGACUUUCAUCUUGGUACUGUGCUUCCUCCUUUGCUAUCAGCAAUGGGUGAUACUGACAAGGAGGUUCAAACAUUUGCUAAGAAAGCUGCUGAAACAGUGGUCUCAGUCAUUGAUGAAGAAGGCAUUGAGCCUCUCAUAUCAGAGCUUGUCAAAGCUGUUAAUGAUAGUCAGGCUGCUGUCAGAAGAUCUAGUUCAUAUCUGAUAGGAUAUUUCUUCAAAAAUAGCAAGUUAUAUCUGGAUGAUGAGGCUCCAAACAUGAUAUCCACCUUAAUCAUCUUGCUAAGUGAUCCUGAUUCAUCUACUGUUUCUGCUGCUUGGGAAGCUUUGUCAAGGGUCAUUAGUUCAGUGGCCAAGGAGGUUCUGCCUUCUUAUAUAAAACUUGUUCGAGAUGCUGUGUCAACAUCGCGAGACAAGGAACGGAGGAAGAAGAAGGGAGGGCCAAUUCUCAUUCCUGGAUUUUGUCUUCCUAAAGCACUUCAGCCUAUAUUGCCAAUUUUUCUCCAAGGUCUCAUAAGUGGGUCUGCUGAAUUGAGGGAGCAAGCUGCUCUGGGACUUGGCGAACUAAUUGAAGUUACCAGUGAGCAAUCACUCAAGGAGUUUGUCAUCCCUAUAACAGGGCCUCUUAUCCGAAUUAUAGGCGAUCGAUUCCCAUGGCAAGUGAAGAGUGCCAUCUUGUCUACUCUAACUUCGAUGAUAAAAAAGGGUGGAAUCUCCUUGAAGCCUUUUCUUCCUCAGCUGCAAACAACAUUUGUGAAGUGUUUACAGGAUUCUACCAGAACUGUUCGUUCUAGUGCUGCCCUGGCACUUGGGAAGCUCAGUGGACUCAGUACCAGGGUUGACCCUUUAGUUAAUGAUUUGCUGUCCAGUUUGCAGGGAUCAGAUGGUGGUGUUCGUGAAGCUAUUCUAACUGCUUUAAAAGGUGUCUUGAAGCAUGCUGGGAAUAAUGUGAGCUCUGCUGUUAGAGAUCGUUUUUACAGUGUCCUCAAGGAUUUAAUUCAUCAUGAUGAUGAUCGAGUUCGAAUAUAUGCUUCUAGUAUAUUGGGAAUCUUGACACAGUACCUGGAAGAUUUUCAGCUUACAGAGUUGAUUCAAGAACUGUCGAGUCUAGCUAAUUUAUCAAACUGGCCACCCAGGCAUGGUUCCGUCCUUACAAUGUCUUCCAUAUUUCGUUACAACCCAGCAAUAAUUUGUUCGUCUUCCUUGUUCCCAACUAUUGUUGAUUGCCUUAGAGACACCCUGAAGGAUGAGAAGUUCCCUCUUCGUGAAACUUCAACCAAGGCAUUAGGAAGGCUGCUUCUUUAUAGAGCUCAGAUAGAUCCUUCUGACACACUGCUUUACAAAGAUGUUGUUUCACUGCUAGUUUCAUCCACACGUGAUGACUCUAGUGAAGUUAGAAGAAGGGCAUUAUCUUCCAUAAAAGCUGUUGCCAAGGCAAAUCCUUCGGCCAUUUUGUCACAAGGAACCAUAGUUGGUCCUGCACUGGCGGAGUGUUUGAAAGAUGCAAAUACGCCGGUUAGACUUGCUGCAGAACGAUGUGCUCUCCAUGCAUUCCAAUUAACAAAGGGUUCAGAAAAUGUUCAAGCAGCUCAGAAGUAUAUCACUGGCUUGGAUGCUAGGCGUCUAUCCAAGCUUCCCGAAUAUAGCGAUGACAGUGAUGAUAGCGACGAAGAGACCUCAAGUAGCUAA